GCCGUUGGAUCAUAUAAUCCAACGGCUCACUGGAAACACUACUUUUUUUUCCAGAGCCAUUUGGGAAACCCACUUGCAACGGGGGGCUCUGAGGCUUAAACCCACAGGGGGUUUUCUCGCUCGUCCUCUUCCCAACCGAUCUUUGCCCUCGUCUUUUCUGCGAGAGUGCUCGUAUCGUAUCCUAGCCGUCUCAAGCAUACCUAUUCAACUACAGUCUACAGCGAACUGCCACUCGAUAUAAUUGAGAUGAGAAGGAGAUUCCGAUGUUCGGACCAGCUUAAGUACUACUUCGUGAUGCCAGAAGGGCCUCCAGUUGGUAGAGAGAAUGCGAUAGAGAUCAUAGGAAGUAAAAGGUUUUGGAGUAAAACUGGUGAUGAAUUUCAUAUCCGUGAAUCGGGAUAUUCAUAUGGGAAGGCAACUAUGUACACGUACAUAAAUGGAGAAAGUGCCACCAGUUGGUGUAUGGUUAUAUAUCACGUAGAUACACAGGGAGUGCUGAAAUGUGGUUCGGUUGAAUUGGGAUUGCAUCAAGUUGAGUUACGGUGGAAAGCUAUCAAUAUUUUUUCAAAACUUCUACAUCUCAACAUUUUCAAACGGGUGCCCCGAGCAGCAUCGCCACCACCACCAUCAUCAUUAUCAGGUAUGCAUGCAUUUGUGCCUUCAGAUGUUUGUCUUCUUCGAGAUUUUGUAUACCCCGUGGUUCGUCGUGAACGGAGCUUAUUUCCUCAUCCAUUUGUUCACCAAUUACACGAUCGAAGCGAAUUGCCCGUUGAUAUAGAUGAGAUGAGAAGGCGAUUCCAAAUUUUGGACCAUCGUUUCUGUGAUAAGUACUACUUUGUGAUGCUUGAAAGGCCUCCAACUGGUGAAAAGAAUGCCAUAGAGAUUGGAGGAACUAAAGUAUUUUGGAAAAAAAUUAGGAAAGAACAGCCUAUCCAUGACCGUACAUAUUUUAUUGGAUUCUUUUAUGGCGAGGCAUAUGGAUAUGAAAGGGAGAUCGGUUGGUAUAUGACUAUAUAUCGCGUAAAUCUUUCUAGAGUGCUAAAAUGUGGCCCAUGGCAAUUGGGAUUGAAUCAAAUUGAGUCUCGCUGGGUAGCUGUCAGGAUUUUUUCAAAAGAUGCAUCUAUGAUUUUUUCCAAUCCUGCUCCCCUCCCUGGAUCAGCUCCACCCGCACCACCAAGUGAUGAGUUACCACCACCACCACCACCGUCACCACCAGCAUUAACAGUUCAACUAUUUGUCUAUGAACUUUUGGAGUACUGCCUUUUGUUUAUCCUGAAGAAGACAAACUCUCUCGCAUGGAAUGCGGGAUUAGGAGAAGAUGUUCACCGGUUAGUUUAUGGAACUGGUGGAUUUUGA